AUGGUGGGGCCGGUGCUUCGCUCUCUCUGGUCCUCCACCCGCAACUCUUUCUCUUCCUCAGCUUCAUCCAUCGCUCCCAAACCGUACCUACUGCCCCCACGCGCCUCAGCACUCGCACGCGCCUUCUCGGCAGCCACUGCGGCCUCCGAUGCUACUUCACCGAGCAGCGCGCUGAACCCAAGCCGGCUCCGCAGCGUGGCGGUAAUAGCUCAUGUUGACCAUGGCAAGACCACGCUCAUGGACCGCCUCCUCCGCCAGUGCGUGGCCGACAUCCCCCAUGAACGCGCCAUGGACUCCAUCAGCCUGGAGCGGGAGCGCGGCAUCACCAUCGCCUCAAAGGUCAGUUACAUCAGUUCCGUGAAGGAGUAUGAGCUAAACAUGGUUGGUACGCCUGGACACGCAGAUUUUGGUGGUGAAGUUGAGCGGGUUGUUGGUAUGGUUGAGGGGGCAAUUUUAGUUGUUGAUGCUGGGAAGGUCCGCCUGCGCAGACAAAGUUUGUACUUGCGAAAGCCUUAA